UAUGACAACAUGGACGGCGCGUUUGCGUGGAUUUUUGGCUAUAAUUGUUAAUUUUAACAAAAUGAAUUUUUAGUUUGUAAAAGGACAUUACAAAUAUAUUGGUUUACAAGAAAAUGGUAACGAUCGUUGACAAUUUAGAUUCAUUGAGUUUGCAAGAGCCAAUCUUCCAAGAUGUCAAGUAUUACAUAUCUGGCGAUGUCUGUGAAAAGGUCAUGCAACUUCUUCAGUCCGGAGGUGCAGAGAGCACAAAGUAUUUUUCUGACUAUGUCACACAUUUAAUUUGUGGUCAGAAUGCUGCUGAUAGCGACAUUGAAGACGCCCAGGAGAUAUAUCAGAUCCCUGCAGUGACUGAACACUGGGUUUAUGCAUGUGCACGUCUUGGAAAACUUGCUAAUACCAAGCCCUACAUCCCUUAUAAGAAUAAAUUAUUUAGUAAUGUUGUAGCUUGUAUUGCAAAAGUUAGUGCAGCCGAUGCUAAAACAUUGUUUGCUCUCAUUACUUUCCAUGGUGGCCAAGUGAAACUGAAUUUAGACUCUCAGUGCACUUAUUUGAUCUGUGGUUCUGCCAGUGGCAAAAAAUACAGUGUGGCGUUAAAUCUGCCUCCUACAAGAAUUAAAAUAGUGACACCUGAUUGGGUAAUUGAAAGUCUCCGAGCAAGAAAUCAAGUUACCACUGAAGUUUUCCACCCGAAACUUCUAGUGGUGCCCCAACCUCCUCCCAAGUGUAUGGACCGCAUUAGUGCCAUAACAGGCUUUGAUUUUGAAGAAGGUAUCGCCAAAAACGAAGUUCCCACACAAAACAUGACCGAGAACAAGGAUGAUAGUACACAGGCCCUACUGGAUAAACUAAAGCAAAGAAUGCCUUGGAAUCAUCCACCCUCUAGUAUAAAUGCCUCAAUAACAUCUACUGCAGCAGUCAGUUCCAUGGGUUACACCACAUCUCAAAUGGCUACCUCAAACGUCAUGAGCAAAAUUCCUCAAGGCAUGGUAGCACAGAAUGUCCAUAUUCAUUCAAGUCAAGCAAAUCCAACACUGAUGCAGAAAUUCAGUCAAAAUACAGUUGUUUCUCAACCAAAUAUAAGCAUACAGAGUCAGGUAAAUCUGAACCAGCAGCAAAGCUAUCAGAACUCUCAGCAACAGCAGCAGCAACAACAUCAGCAGCAGCAACAACAACAACAGCAGCAGCAACAGCCCCAUGGGUUGACAGCGAUACAGAUUCAACAACAGAAAUUAUUGCAACAACACCAGCUAAAGAUGCAGAUGCUGCAGCAAAACAAACUGAACAAUCAACAGAAUCAGCAGUAUACACAGCAAAAUGUUGCCGUGUCACAAAUAUCACAAAACCUUUCAGGGCAACUCCAACAGCACAUGCAAAACACUCAACAACAUCAUUUGCAGCAAUCAAUACAGACUCCAACAUCCAUGAGUUCUGCUCAACAACACAUUGAGAACAUCAGUCAGAUGCUAAGUCAAAGUGCUAACAAUUUGCAACAGGCACAAUUAAACCAACAGAACAUGGCAAUGAAACAAACCCUGAGCCUGAGUCAGCAGACCGCCUCACAAGCUGUACAAAACAUCGCUCAGCAGUUAGCCCAGUCCACCCAAAAUUUACAGAACUUGCAAAAUGCCAAACUGAAUCAGAAUUUAGGGCAAACUCAAGUCAUUAAUCAACAGUUGAUUAGCUCUGGACAACAGCUUUCAUCCCAAAACUCAAAUUUAAUUCAACAACAAAACGUACAGUCACUGAAUAAUCAAAAUAUUAACAUGGGUGUAGUUAAUCAAGGCCUUGUGAGUUCGUCUCAGGGCCAGCAGGCGCAAGGUGUGCAACUAAACCAGUUAGUUGGCAACACCGGUCAGCAGUCUGUAAUCGGGCAACAGAUACAGACAGUUCAGCAGACCAUUCAAGGACAAGGAUCGAAUUUGCCUGUCCAAGGUGCAUGGAGACAGCAAAACAUUCAAAUGGUCCAAAAUGUGGGAGGACAGCAUCAAAUUAUUAGGAAUUCCUUGGUUCAGUCACGAAAUCCUCAGAAUCAAGUUAUACUGCAACAACAAAUUAUGCAAACUCAACAACAGGCUCUGAUAAGUAACCAACAAGCUCAACUGAGCCCUCAGCACACAAUACAACAAGCACCGCAACAAAUCCUGCAACAGACCAUCGGCUCUCAAGGUCAAACUCAUCAUCAAAUUUUAGUACAAAAACAACAACUGCUAAACAGUUCGGGUCAACAACAAAUUGUACAAGCCCCACAGCAAGUGUUGAUUAAUCAACACACCGGUCAACAACAAAUAUUGGUGCAUGGGAAUCAACAAGUGUCCUUGCAAGGCGGCCAACAAAUACUGUCCCAAGGUCAAAUUGUUAAUCAAUCUGGACAGCAAAUAAUCUCUCAGGGUACUCAGCAAGUUCUGACACAAGGUGGGCAACAUGUGAUCACUCAGCAGGGUCAACAACAUCAAGUUGUGAUUGCACAAUCGCCUCAGCAGAUUGUUUCACAGUCUGGUCAGCAAAUAAUUGGUCAAGCAGUUGGCCAAACACAGCAAGUUCUAUCCCAACUGCCUCAAUCUCCUCAGGCUGGGUCACAGUUGACGGCGGCAGGCGGAAUACAGCAGAUAAUAACCCACGGGGGCACUCAGCAGAUCGUAUCACCUGGAGGCCAACAAAUAGUUCAGGGAGGGCAGAAUGUCUCAUGGCAACAGCAGCAAUACUUGCAACAGAGACAACAGAUUGCGCAAAAUGGAGCAGUGGGACCACGGGUGUCGUGGACGGCAGGAGCGGGAGGUCGCCAGCUGAUCCACCUGGACGCACACACACACGCGCAACUCCAGCAGAUGAAUCCGCAGCAGCGCGCCCUGUUUGUCGCACAGCUACAGAAAAGAAGACAACUUUCCUUCCAACGUGCCGCUCUCUCGCAACAGCAGGCGGGGACGGGCGGGCAGUCUCCGCCGGGGGCUCCGCAGAGCGUCACCUUCAUACGGAGCCAACUGGCGCCCGGACUCGCACCACAACAACAGGUACAAUGGCUGCAGCAGCAAGGAGCGAGGACCACGACUAUACCAGCGGCCACGCCUGCUCCUCCACCGCAGUCUCCAGUGGGUGGUACAGCCGUAGUGAGUCCGGUUGGCGGAAACGGAACUGUGGAGACUCAACUCCAACAGCUACAGCUGCAAAGGCAGCAGCAGAUGCAGCGCUUGCAGCAGCUGCACGCGCAACGGGAGAACGCCGUGCACCAUCACGCAGCCGUUAAGCAGGUGUCGCCUGGGGUAUCCCCGCACGUGGUCAGCGCCGCCCCGUUGCCGGAGCAACAGAUCGAAGGGUCUCUGCUCACGGCCAACGCCACCGAUCAGCAACAAAGUAAUGCACUACUGGUAAAUCCCAAGACAAAGACAGCGCUAGCGAAUAUGUUAAACAUACGUCUACAGGGGGCGGCGCCCCCCGCCGACCACGAGCCCUCGGCCGCGGGCGCACUCAGGCUGAUGACAGCAGCGCACGCGGCUGGCGGAACCGUCCGGGCGCCGGCGAGGCUGCUACUGGGACCCGCCCAUCAUCCGCACCAGCAGUCCGUGGUCCAGUCGGGAGCGAGUCCCGGCGCGGUGGGCAGCAAGGUGUACACGGGCCCCGUGCGGGCCCCCCCCGCCCGGGCACAGUUCUACGGGCACAACCCCAAUCUGAAGCUGCCCCCGGACCUCUUCCUGCUCGGAUGCGUCUUCCACAUUGUGGAAUACCAACAGUCUUUGGGUUCGGAGCGUGUGUCUCGUUGGACGGAGGCGAUACAGCGGCGAGGAGGUGAAGUGGAACUGAACUACUGCGCUCGGGUCACGCACGUGCUGUGCGAGACGCAGAAGCACGGCGUCGUGAUGCAGGCUCUCCGCGACGCGAAACGCUGCGUGACCGCGUACUGGCUGUCGGACGCGAUGGUGCGGCGCGGCGUGGCCCCGCCGUGGCAGGCGCUGCACCUGCCGCUGCUGUACGCCGCGCGCGACCGCCCCGCGCGACACCACCGCGCCGCGCUCUCCGGCUGGCGGCGCGACGAGCGAUCGCGCCUCGUCUGCUGCCUCGAGCACGUAGGAGCCAAGCUGACGCCGUACAUGACGCGCGACAACACGGUGCUGGUGUGCAAGCGCGCCGAGGGCAACAAGUACCGGCGCGCCAAGGAGUGGGGCAUCCCCGUGGUCACCGCCGCCUGGCUCACCGACCUGCUGCUCGGGAACAUGACCGCGCUCGCGCAGAUUGAAAAUGCGAAAUACCAACAGUUUAACUUGGCGAGUCCGUUCCGAAUGGAUUACAGCUUAGUGUCGCACUUAAUGAACGCGUGGAAGAUGCCGAUAAACAUAACGCAGGAGUCGCACGAGCGGGCGAAGCGCGCGGCGGCGGCGGUGUGCGCGGGCGUGCGGCGCGCCAAGCGGCCCCGCCUCGAGUCCCCCCCGCCCCCCGCGCCGCACGCCGCGCACCCCCCGCUGCACCUCGCGCCGCGCGUGCUGUUCUCCGCCGUGCCGCCCGCCCUGCAGAACAAGCUCGCCACCGUCGUCAGGCAACUCGGAGGACUCGUCGUAACCUCAGUAGCCGAAGCGACGCACUUGGUAAUGGAAAAGUUGGUGCGAACGUGCAAGCUGGUCAGCUGUCUCGUCACCGUCAAGCACUUGCUCACUCCCGAGUGGAUCCUCGAGAGUCAAAGGCAGAAUAAAUUUGCGGACGAAGCGAAGCACGGUCUGCGGGACGAAGCCUUCAAUAAAAUGUUCCGUUGCGACGUGGCCGAGGUCCUGCUGUGCGGCGAGCAGAGGAAGAAGCUGUUUGAAGGCGUCACUUUCUUCAUGACGCCGUGCGUGAAGCCAACAAAAGCCGCGCUCACCGAGAUGAUAGAGCUGUGCGGCGGCAGAGUCGAAAAGAGCCGCCGUUCAUUUGUCUCCAUACAGGAGAUGCACUCGCAGAGACCGUACAGUUACUUGGUACUGACCGUGCCCAAUGAUCUCCAUCUAGUGUAUUACCUGUUGCAGUCCGAGAAGACGUUGAACGUCGUUUGCAGUACCGAGGUUGUUCUGUCGGCGAUCAUGAGACAGAAGUUGGAGGUCGAAGAAUUUCUCGUCAAAAUCGACUAAAUUCGUGUAGGUACCUAAAGUAUUCCUGUGACAUGUAAAAUGCUGAAUUUAGUUUUUUUUUUUUUUUGCUGUAAUAUAGUGUUGUAAUUAGACGUUAAUGAACUCGAAAGUUGUACAGUGCGGUACAUGCUCUUUCCAUAAUAUAAAAAUGUAAUGUCCUUUUACCCACCUUUAUAAGAAAAGUUUAUGAAAGAUGUGUGUUGUUGUAACUUUCUAUGGAAUAUUUAUGAAUUGUUUUUCUUUUUAUAUAAAGUCUAGAAAGAGUAUUGUUACUAAGGUCUUAUAAUGUUUAGUGAAAAAAAAUAUAUAGCAACAAAUUUAGUAAGAAUAAAUUUUAUACUUUGUAAAUGUAAAUAAAUAAGUACUGAAUGUAAUU